GAGAACUGAUCCUCGGUUUAUAGAUCACCAUAUGCAUCAUCUAAAUUAUCGGUCGAGAUCAGAGCAUCCUUUGAGCUAGGUCGAAUGCUAGGCAAUGGCGAAGUCAUCGGGAAACUUAAAAUAUCGUGGGAUAAGUUGCUCCGUCACGGAAAUGAGCCUUUCGAACUGUCCUUCCCACUUGUUCGCGGUGUCCACCCAUCUGUCACGUUGAAGGCUGCUGCUGUGAAUGGUUGCGGAAACAACAAUGGUGAACUGUUGAACCCCAUCGUCGACUGCGAGAUCGCUCGAGACACGGAUACGGGUCACACAAGAUUUGGUGAAUACGUGACAAGCAAGAGGGUCUCUGACCUGAACGAUGCCGUGGCACAUUUUGAGUUGGUUCUAGAGCGGUGUCCGGUCGGCCACCCUGACCACGCAGCUGCACUGACCAACUUCGCGUGCGCACGCCUUCAAGGGUACAUUCACAACGAUCUUCAAGACAUCGACUCUACUACCUGUCUAUUCCGUGACGCUCUUGCAUUGUGUCCGCAGGGCCACCCUGAUCAUCCAUCAUCUCUGUACCAUCUCCUUAAAGCAUUGAUCUGGCGCCACAGCAAGGAGCUUGCCGCUGUCGACAUCCGCGAAUCUGCUCAAAUCUCCCUUGAGCUACUACCUCUCUGCCCAGAGGGCACCUAUCUUCGGAGCAUCGCGGAAGGGGUUAAUGGCGUGGAUUAUGUAAUUAGCAGAUACAACAAUCUUCCGGUAGACGCAUCCGAUGAAGGCAUCCGCCUUCGACGAAUCAUACUCGAGCUCUGUCCUCAGGGCCAUCAACACCGUCCGAGGGCACUCAGCAUGCUUUUAUGGGCACUCUGUAUACGAUUUGGGCAACGUGGGAGCAUUGUUGAUAUAGACGAGAGCAUACAACUUGGUCGCGAAGCUGUUUCUCUGUGUCCCGAGGGACAUCCUGAUCGUCGUGACUACUUGAAUAACUUGGCUUUCUCACUCCGCCACUACCGCUUCCGUCACCAGGGCAAAUCUGAUGACCUCAACGAGGCCAUCUCUCUGCAUGAGGACGCACUGCGCCUGAGCCCUGUUGGGCACGAAUCUCGUGAUGGAUUAUUGGACAACCUAGGGGGCGCCUUCCUCGACCGUUUCGUCCAACGCGGUGAGGUAGAAGACAUCAACAGAGCUAUCAGCCUCCUUCGCGAGGCAUUGACAUUGCGCCCACCUGAGCAUCAACAACGUAACAUCACACUUUGCAACCUUGCCGUCGCGCUCCAAACCAGAUAUGGUAAAUCACAUGCCAACGAGGAUGUUGACGAGGCCAUCGAGCUGUACCGUGAAUCAAUUCGGUUAAUGCGGCAUGACCAUCCAGAGCGCCAUAGAAUUCUUUGCAACUUCAGCUCGGCACUCUGCUCUCGUUUCACGAGAACUCAGAAGAUUGAAGAUGUUGAGGAGGCCAUUGAGCUGUGCCAAGAAUCAUUGGUGGCUUUGCCAUUGCUGCAUCCAGAUAGAUUCUACAGCUACGGGCGGCUGCAGGAGGCCUAUCUGUGUCGUUACCAGGUGCAAUGCAAUUUGGCUGAUUUGUCACUUGCUGUUGAAAACCUCAGAUUGGCUUCAACGCACCCCACUCAAGGAUUCCCAGAACGCAUCAUUACAGCAUUCAAGUGGACUUUGGCAGUGGAGCAGUAUGACCAUGGAUCUGCACUGGAGGCCUACGCAAUAUUUCUCGACCUUCUUGAUGAUCAUUUGUCAACACGCUCAUCAACUAUUUCACGGCGGGAAGCUACUACUACCUUCCAUUAUGCCAGAACACUCCCUGUGGAUGCAUCAUCAUGUGCCUUACGCCGUCAUAACCUAGAAAAGGCUGUUGAACUCGUGGAGCAGGGCCGUGGCCAGCAGUGGUCACUGGCGUCUCGGCUCAGGACUCCAGUCGAAGAACUCCAAUCAGCAAACCCAAAACUGGCUCACGAGUUUUCAGAGCUGAGCAAGCGUGUUUCCGAUGCUGCUCAGGGUUCUGCAGCAAUCACCGACAGAGCUGCUGCUGAUCAGGCAGCAAUGAAGUACAGGAGGUGUACAGAGCAGUGGGAAGCUGCAGUGGGCAAAAUCCGCAACAUUCGAGGUUUCUCGCGGUUCCUCCUCCCGCUGUCAUACGAAGACUUGCAAGUGGCAGCGUGCGACGGCCCAGUCAUAAUUCUCAUUGCCAGCAAAUAUUCGUGCAAUGCGCUCAUUGUCCCGACGUCAGGGGUGCCCCAUCAUGUUCCUUUCCCGUCUCUCACUCUCGCUGAUCUUGCGAAGCUCAAAGACGACUUCACGAUGGCAAUACGGCAUGCAUCGCUGAUGGGCCCAACAGAGUCGCGGACGGAGUUGAUAGUACUCUUGCGGAAGUUAUGGGAUGAGAUCAUGCUACCUAUUGUCGACGUACUGCUCAGGCAUGAUCUCAAAGUAAAGCGUCGCUCUCGAAUAUGGCUGUGUCCUACUGCAGCCUUCACAUCCAUUCCUCUCCAUGCAGCUCAUCCCUCUCGAACGAAAGCAGAUGGAAGUGGGCGGGAAUUAUCCCUCGAGGAUAUUUUCAUUUGCUCCUACACGCCCACACUUUCCGCUCUCAUCAGAUCUCGACAGGCGAUGAAGACGCGUGCGACGAGUCCAUCCUUUGUGGCGAUUGGGCAAAGUCAGCCGGGAGCAGGGCAAGGCACGGCGCUCGCCACUGUCGACAGCGAGCUUGAGCUCGUCCAUAAACUUGUUCCCCCCAAUGUUAAUUUCAGUACUCUUUCGGGUGACGAAGCUACACAGGCCGGUGCACUCGAUGCUUUGCGACGCAACACCUGGGUGCAUCUUGCUUGUCACGGAAAGCAGGACCGCGAACAGCCUUACAACUCGGGCUUCGCCAUGAGAGACUAAGCCUCUCACCCUCCUCGACAUCAUGGAGAAUGACACUCCGCAAGCUGAAUUCGCAUUCUUAUCGGCGUGUCAUACCGCCAGUCGGCGAC